GGCAUCGUGGGGAACCUGUCCAGUGGGAAGUCGGCCCUCGUGCACCGCUACCUGACCGGCACCUACGUGCAGGAGGAGUCUCCAGAGGGUGGCCGGUUUAAGAAGGAGAUCGUGGUGGACGGUCAGAGUUACCUGCUGCUGAUCCGAGAUGAAGGGGGUCCCCCCGAGCUCCAGUUCGCGGCCUGGGUCGACGCUGUCGUGUUCGUCUUCAGCCUGGAGGACGAGAUCAGCUUCCAGACAGUCUACAACUACUACCUGCGGCUCUGCAGCUACCGCAACACGGCGGAGGGGCCCAUGGUGCUGGUGGGCACGCAGGACGCCAUCAGCGCCACGAACCCGCGGGUCAUCGACGAUUCCCGGGCUCGGAAGCUUUCCAACGAUUUGAAGCGCUGCACGUACUACGAGACCUGUGCCACCUACGGCCUGAACGUGGAGAGAGUCUUCCAGGACGUGGCUCAGAAGGUGGUGGCUCUACGGAAGAAGCAGCAGCUCUCCAUCGGCCCCUGCAAGUCCUUGCCCAACUCACCCAGCCAUUCGUCCGUCUCUGCGGCCUCCAUUCCUUCUGUUCACAUCAACCAGGUGGGCAAUGGGAGCGGGGGGAGCCGGGGGCCCCCGUGCUCCUCCACCCCGCUCCGUUCCCUGCGCACACACACGCGGAGCCUGGCCCUGGGCUGGCACCAGAGCCCUGGGGCAGCUUUUGGGAGGGGUGGAGCGGGCGCCUCUGUCCUGGCCCAGAACGGCUCGAUGCUUGCCCUCAGGUCAAGCUUUGUGUCCUUGCCCUCAGGUCAAGCUUCGUGUCCAGACCGUGGGGUCUGGCUCAGGGGCUCCAAAGAUGGUGGCGUGGUUCUCCAGCUGCCGGUGGCAGAGCCAUGA